UGGAGGAAUAUGGAUGAGGAAAGUGAAGGGUUAUCGUUUCUUUUCUCCAAACUCUGCGAGAAAUCCUUCAAAAAUGAAGCUAACAUAGGAUGGGAUAUUUACAGGCGUCCACGUUACACGGAUAAAAGGCAAAAGGCUUUAAAAGUUUGCCUCUACGAGACCCUUUUCGAAGAACUUCGAGCUCCUUGGAUUAGAGAGUUAGUUCGCACUGGCGAUAAAGCUGAGAAGAAGGAUGAUUUACGCUUCAAUAUUUAUGAUAAACUGUCGAUCGCUGCAUUCAAAUUGAGGAUAGCUAGGAGGUUUGAUGAUGCGGAGAAAUUGGAUCAUUUCGUUUGUCAGUGGAGGAAUUUGCAAGAGCUCUCAAGCAGUGCCAUUAAAUUUAACAGCACAAGAGAGACAAAUGCAACAGAGAAGGAAGCUGUGUUGAGAUUUCUUGUUGCAUUGACGGGAACAGGGCAUUAUGGGUCAACAUCAGUGCUGGGUUAUCAGGAUGACGUCUGGGCCAGAGGACUUAAUCAGAUCCAAAAGACUUCUCUUCCAGAGGGACCUCUUCUUGUUACAGACAGUCAGCUUCUGAGACAACAAGGAUUAGAAUUUGAUCACUACGUCCAUUACUCAAGGGAGUUGUUUGAAUGUCCUCCGGUCCUCUCAGUUCCAGGAAGUGAUGGAUCAACAGGCAAACGGCAUACUGAACUGCAGAUCUUUGAGGAAAUGCCAGGGACAUUUCCUGGAAAAGCACUCUUCUUGCCUUGUCAGGAUGCCAAUGAAGACCUGUAUGAAAAGAAUGGACGCUCUUCAUUAUUUAGUGCACUUGUUCACAGCCACACUGAUGACCUGCAUGUGAAGCUGGAUUUACCUGACAUUCCUAGCAGUUCCAGGACUCUUCAUUCCUUAGCCCUGGAACAGAGAGAGAGUGCAGAUGAUGAAGGGUUUGAGUCUUUAGAGACAAGCUCUGAAUCUUCUCUCACCUCAGAGCAAUCCACUCAAGAAAAUACUGAUGUCUGGUCUGCAGCUUUAACAUUGCCACCGCAAAAGUUUUAUACCUGGGAAAUGGAAGGAAAACGGGAACUUUUAAAUGAAAAACCUUACCUUACAGAAGCUGGUGCUUCUGUGUUUGAUGCACUGUAUGAUACAGUAAUUCGUCAAGUCUCCUACAUUGUGAAGUCUCCAACUUUAAGCCCCAACAUGGUUCCCCUACAAGCCCUGAUCAAGGAUUCCAUUAAUGUACUUAUUGGAGUUCCUUCUAGAACAUUUCAUCUUGAUAAGGCUAUACAGUCCUUUAUUGUCAGUGAUCAGGUCCGUCUUUCUGGGACCUCACCUGAGAUGCUGCGCAACAUCUUAGCACGGCUGGCAGCGAUAGGAACAGAUUACAUCCAGCUUAACAAGUUUGCAACACAUCACCGUGGCCACUCAGCCGGUUUGGUUUUGCAGGCUUUCCUUGGAGCUCUUCAAAAUUAUUUACAAUGCUACAGAGCAACAGUGUUAUCUGUAGAAGCUUCCUCCGUGCAAAGUCCCAUGAUGCUGUCAUUUGCAUUUGAAAAUCUAGGAAGGCAGCUAAGGUUUCUUGCCGAUGUCUGCAUGUGUUCGGAAGCUUUCAAGAAAGCUCCAGAAGAUCCUAAACCAAAAUUCCCCACGGGUGUCAGACUCUUAACAUACUUAUACCAGCUUUGCUUAGAGCACUCUAGUUCUCAGUCCUACUCCAUCCUGCUGUCUCUUCUCAAACACAGUGUGCAGCCAUACAUCAUAUUCAUUCAAACAUGGGUUUUUAAGGGGAUUUGCAAUGAUAUGUUUGGCGAGUUCAUGAUUGAAAUGGAUGAACAAUACUUAGCCUACAGAGAUAAACACUUUUGGACUCAAGGAUUUGUAAUGGUCGGUCGUGACAAACUCGACUGCGUGCCUCUGUUUCUGGGUGAACUUGCAGAUGACAUUUUUGUUUGUGGAAAAACAAUUAAUUUGUUAAAACUUUGCUGCCCAGGGCACUAUUUAUGUGAUCCAGGAAUUCCCCUUCCUAAAAUGGAGGUGACAUUUUCAAUGCAACGACUUAGUAGAAUAGAGGCGGAAUGCAAACACUACAUGAGUGAGAUACAAAGAAUGCAUCGGCAACGUCAAGAGCAACGAGAAAAUGAGAGGAAAGUCAUUGAGGACGAAAGAGAACGUGAAAUUGUUGAAGAACGUGAAAGGGCUGCAAAAGCCUUAGCGGAGAUAACAGAGCUUAUUCAAAAGGCUAAAGAAGCAGUCGAGGAGAAGAAGCGAGAAGACUUAAAGAUGUUAAAAGAACAAAUGGAAGAGGCGUUUAAGCAUAAGGCCUUGGCGAGAGAAGAGGAGAGGGAGGAGGACAUUAAACGUUUAAAAGCAGCGAAAGACAAGGAGGUCACUACUGCAACAGUUGAAGAAGAGAUGAAGAACAAAGCAAGGGAAGAGCUCAUCAAGUACUAUGAGGAACUCAGCCGUGAGGUGGAGUACCGAGAGUUUCGUGCCCAAUGGCACAUCCGCCGUCGGUUACUCGACCCUGCUAGAGCCCAGUUCUUUGUGCAGGAGCAGGCUCGGUUAGACAGCUUACAGGAGCAGAUGACACAAGCGUCUGGUACCCAGACUUCUGGUGAAAUAACGGAUGAAAGUGACGAACGGCGUGAGAAACGACUCGAAGAAAAGUCUGUUUCCAAGGAAGAAAGAGCUUCCACUCCAAUUUCGGCUCCGAGUCCAAGCCUUGUGUCACUUAUAGCCAGUGGCGUAAAAACAGAUGCCUUGGUUAGAGCAGGGCACACGAGCUUAGGCGAAAGCACGCAGUUCGAUAGGGAGGCUGGAUCGCACUCGGAGGAAUCUGCUUCGGAAAACAGAGUCAGAAGGACUUGGGAGAGCCCUGCUGAGAGUGUUGCCGAGCUUGGGAAGAUGACUGAAGCAGGUUCGGGCAGAAAGACUUGGGAAGCCCCACCCGAUGGUGAGGUGAAGAUAGCAUCUUCUCUUCCUAAGAGCCAUCCUUCCGAUUCCUCCAUACAGUUUGCCAUGUAUAGCGACAAACGUAAGACCAGCGAAGAAAGCGAGACGCCAGAUUAUGGUUUACACGAUCGCAGUUUAAAAACCUGCACUCCUCACGUUGGUGAUUCAUCUUUGCAAAACGUUUUGUAUCCCACUACACCCUCAAACUCGACAUUAGGCCUGGAUGCUGAGUCUGUGACCAUGGUAACCCGGCCCUCAGAUGUGAACGUUCGUGGCCUUGUUUCGAGUCAUCCCUCGGAUUCUUCAGCCCAAGACAUUUUAUACGGCAACAGCGCAAUGGGAGCGGCGUCUGAAGUUCGAACGCCGUCCGCACAAGGACAUCCAUCCGAUUCCACUGCCCAGUACCUUCUAAACACUAGCGGUACCCAGGAAGGAACCAUUUCUGAAGCUCGUUCUUCGGAACAUGGACACCCCAGUGACUCAUCUGUAAGCGGGUUGUUGUACCCCGAUACUCUGGACACACCCAAUCCACAGACCCUUUCUUACUCCCAACAUGGGCACCCCUCAGAUUCCCAGGUGACUUUUUCACACGGCGACAGUGUAGCCCAAGUUAUCCAGCGCAGUUCCAGACAAAAUUGGCAACACCCUUCCGACGCCUCUAUUCAGAAGCUUUUAGGAGACAUCGAUGUUUUGGGUGACAGCCAAAAUACGACCCGUGGUACCCCUCCCUCGAGCGUGGUUCAAGAUAUUCUCUAUCCUAAACCUGAUGGACAAUCCACACCUGCUCAGGAUAUCUUGUACCCAAGAGAGGGAGAGUCAGAACAAUCAAAUAGACCGGUGCACACUCGUGGAGCCCCUCCCCAAAGUGUUAUUCAGGACAUAUUGUAUCCAAGUGGGGAGGGGGCAGUAGGAGAGGGGACAAGGUUGUCAACACGUGGCCAGGAGCCUGCUGGGAAGAUAAAGAAUAUUUUGUAUUACGUUAAAGAGAAAGAAGGGGAAACCUUACAGCCACAAUCAAGGCAGUUUGAGUUUGAGGAUGUUUGGCUAGCUUCUCAGGUGGAGCCUCUUCAGGACAACUUUGAUGUGUUGGAUCAAAAACCGUCAUCAAAUCUCAUGCGAGGCGCCAUGGGCACAUUUCCAGUAUCGCAAGGCUCAGAUGCUGAUGAGAAUGACACGGAUGCAGCGCGUCUGAUGUCACUUCCGGUUUUACUUCAGCGAUCUGUCAUGGCGCCUCUUUUAACCCAGAUAUCCCUGGUAAAUUCUGCUAUCGUGGCGUAUUUUAUCAAAGACUUGCACAUCAACAGACACUUUGAUCUGUUCAAGAAGCUGCUGUUCAUGGAGGACGGUGAAUUUUCUCUCUCACUUUCCAACCAGCUGUUUGAAAAGCUUGCCUCAGGGGUGUCCCCACGGGAGAUGUGUUCUGCCACAGUGAUGAACUCCAUUGUAGGGAAGGCCCUUCAAGUCUCCAUUUACUCUGAUACCACGGAGCAUGCGCAGAACCUCGCCUUUGCUCUUAAAAACAUGCCUGAGAUAUUUAAACCGAACGAAAUGGGGACCCUGGAUUUUCUAGAGUUGCGGUACAGAGUCGAUUGGCCCCUCAAUAUAGUCAUUACGGAAAAGUCUGUCGUGAAAUACAACAAGGUAUUCUCUUUUAUGUUGCGGCUAAAACGUCUUUCGUGGGUCCUGCGGGAUAUUUGGUUUCAUUUGAAGCACGUUGCCUACUCACGCAAUGUAGCCGGUUCGCCCCAACUUCGUCAGCUGCAGCUCUUCAGGCACGAAAUGCAACACUUUGUGCAUAAUCUUGAAGGAUACUUGUCAAAUCAAAUUCUAAACGUUACCUGGUCAGAGUUUCAAGAAGGACUUCUAAAUGUAAGAAGCUUGGACGACUUGCACAACCAACACACUGACUACCUCCGAAAAGCCAUUUUCCGUUCCCUGCUCAGUCGAAAGGCAGCGCCUGUGAUGACCAUCAUUAGUGACCUGGGCACGCUUAUACUCAAACUGCGCACGCAGCUUUUGGCGUCCCCAUGGCAACAAGACCCUGGUACAGGGCACGUGACUCAUCCUGCUUAUGACAUCAUGUGUAAUACUCAUAAAGUAUUCAAAGAAUACUCUACCUUUCUCUUCACAGUGGUCAGUAAACUUGUUCGCAGAGGUUAUCAAUCGCACUUGGCCGACUUUCUACUAAGAAUCAACUUUAACAACUUCUACAAUGUGGAAUGAAUUCGUUACCACUUGACCUCGACGUCACAAACGAAUAUAAUUUUAUGACUUGUGUUAUUUACUGUGUAGUUCUUUGAGAGACGUCAAAACCACAUAAAGCAGGACUGUAUUUGCAGGGCUAUUAUCUCAACUUCGCAAAGAUAUAGUAGACAGACGACUCUCGGAUUACUAACAACUAGCGACUUUGAAAGAGAGAAAUACAUUUUUUAGGUAAAGAUAUGAAGCGAGAGAUGAUCACGCGCACCUUUGAUUUUUGUCUUAAGUUUUGUCAUCUAACGCAUUUUUUCGCCUCACCCCUCCCCCCAACCUCUCUACUCACCGAACCGAACCGACAGGAGUUCAUUUCAGUCUUUCCACCUGUUUGAAACUAGGUGUUUCUGAAAGUCGUCUCGAUGGAUUAGAUAGACAUGAUCUACACAGCAGUGGGAUCUCUUUUAAGCUUCGUUUUUUUUCUGAAUUGUCCUUAAAGUUACGUCAAAUUAAGGUCUUGGAUAAUCGUCUUGAAAGGCGUUCGCUCGAGUAAACUUCGACUGCCAAAAAAAUUCGGGAAAAUAAAGAGAUCCGAUCGGGCGGAUUGUGGUUUUUCUAUAUAUAUAAGUACAUAGCUGUCUUGCAACACACAAGAAAUGUGACAAGUUUUGCUCGUGUUUUUAACACACAAAUUUUCGUUGAAAAGUGGCGUACUUGAUCCAUGCGUCCUGCAUGACGUUUAAAACGAAUAUGGAAACGAGCUCUUAGCCUCAAAUGACACAGAACAACCUGUGGGUAACAGCACAAAUUAGAACUGACAUGAUUUCGAGUGAAAUUUGGUGUUAAAAAUCGAGUAAUUUUAUCAAAUACCAAAUAUUUCACGAGCCCGUAGCAAAUUGCGAGUGCAAUUUGUGGUCUUUCAAAAUUUUUCAAGUCCCCCUUUACAAGAAAUUUCACGAGAAAUCAUGUUGUUAUUUAGUAAUAAUAUACAUGAAAAAGGCAUCUCUCAAAGGCAAGGCAAACGAAAUUUUGACAGCGUGCGUGCUAUUUGUAAUUUGUAUUCAUUUUCCAGCUUUGCACCCGUGUUAAAAUGCACUCGGUUUCAGCCAAUCAGAAGCGCGUGAAUUUUUCGUGUAUAAUUUUUAGUGUAGGUAACAUGAUUUCGAGUGCAAUUUGGUGUUAAAAAGCACGUAAAUUUUUCAAAGACAACAAAAUUGCAUUCUUGUUACAACUUUGCACUCGUAUUACAUGAAAAAUGGACUCGUUUUCAGCCAAUCAGACGCACGUAAUUUUUUCAUGCAUAUUAUUACACGCAGAUAGAGUGAAAUUUCGGAUCAAGUUACCGGCGAUUACACACCGACCCGGCAAAUAGUAACAGGAAAGGCAAAUGAGAGGUUUGUAAGCAUGCUAAGCGCCAAAAGUAGAGAAAGCACUUGAUUACGUCUCGUGUUCCCCCCUACAUUUGUUUUGUGCUCCAGCUGCUUGCUGCUGCUUUACAACAAAACAAAGCUUCUUUAUUUCUUAACGUCACUCAUUUGAUAUUAAAAGGGGGCGACUCACGCUUGAAAUUAUUGUCAUUUGCAAUAUUUGUUUUUCUCGGCCAAAUAGAGGUUAAUUUUCACCAUUUCACAUCAUAUCUACACUCUGCUGUAGUUUUGAGAAAUGAAAUACAUCAGAUAAUGAGGUAAAAAAUAUUUCGCUUCAGUUUUCAAUUUCUGAUUGGUCCAUUCUUUUUUGAAACCAAUGACUGGCGUCAAAUUCUGUGCAGAAGGCGUCUGACAGAACAUUCUAGGAUGAUAAAUGUUUGCAGCCUUGAAUGCGACUUAACUAAACAUUAUCUAUUGUCCGAAGUAAAUUUUAAGAGCUGAUGGGAGCGAGAAGGUUUUAUAAAACCCUUAUAUAAACAAUUAUUUUUGCCUAGAACAGUUAUGCUUGAAAUUGUGAUUUUGGAUCUUCGGCUGGUUCCUCUCCAUCCUCGCGAUAGUUGUAAAUAAACGCAUUGCCGUGGUGAAACCUUUGAAAUACUUGACUUUUAUGAAGCGCCGCCCAGUCAUUCAAAUAGUUUUUACAUCUUAGGGAAUUCCUUUUCUUUUCGCUUUUACUUUUCUUUAAUGUCAGUUAGACUUAAUGCACUCGAGCAUGCGAUGACCAUCGUCGGCUAUUUGUGUUUGCUCUUCGAGAUAAUCUUGUGCCUAAUGCUAAUCUUUUUUCUUACAUCCAUAUUUCUUGUUCAAUCUGAACUCUAGGGAUCGCUCUGUAGCCAGGCAAUUUAAUUUUUAUCAUCGGAUCCUUAAAGUUCAAACUCAGAACAAAUCAGCUGUAAAAUGGGUGGUUUUGGUAACGUGUGUGUUUCUAUUGUGUUACGGAAUAUUCUUGCGUUGUAGUUUAUCAUUUUUAACUGGUCAUAAAUGUAGUAACGAUUUUUAUUGCAAAAUAACUCAACAAGUUAUUAACUCCGGCCUAUACCGUAAAGUUUAUGCUUUCUUCAAAAGAGAUAUAAAGCAAGAAUGCGGAAGGCUUCUCUUCAAAAGGCGUCGUUAUUUAACAACAGAGUAGUUCCGACGCAAGAAAAACAUUAGCUGAUGCAUAUACUUAAAACUUUCCUAAAUCCUGAGGACUUCCGGUUCAGAAUCUAUUCGUGACAUGUUGAUUCUUAUCUAAACAGCUGCUUGGUUAAAAAGCU